AUGCUGGAGAAAGACCAGGCCAAAGCCAACGAGGUGUAUGACUCGGAGCGCGCCCAUCCCCAGACGGAGGCAUUCGCGGACGAGGAUGGGGAGGUGUUCAAGAAGACGGCCACGGGGGUCGACUUCCGCAAGGUCGGCUGGUUCAAUGCAACCGUGAUCUUCACCAAAAUUCUCUUUGCGACAGGGGUGCUCUCGCUGCCAUCGGCCCUGUACGCGCUGGGCGCCGUGGGAGGGUCGAUCAGUAUCGUAGCCUGGGGGGUCUUCAACACCUACUGCUUCGUGAUCCUGGGCAACUUUCGCUUGAAACACCCUCACUGCCACUCCAUUGCCGACAUGGCCGAAGCUGCCGGGGGUCAGGUCGGCAAGGAAGUGGCGGGCCUCCUCUUCAUCAUCGGCUACGUCCUGGUGACGGGCAGUGGGAUUGUCGGCGUGUCGACCGCGCUCAAUGCCCUGUCGCAUCAUGCGGCCUGCACAGUCUGGUGGUCGUUGCUGGCGGCUGUGGUCAUUAUCGCGACGGCGUCCAUUCGUAAGCUGGAACACGUCGGCUGGCUGAGCUACGUGGGCUUCCUUUCCAUCUACAUCGCCGUCUUCAUUGUCGUCGUCGCCGUGACGACGAGAGACCGACCCGCGGCUGCGCCGCAGGAAGGCCCCUACGACUUGGGCUACGUCAACUUCAACAACCCCGGGUUUGCCAGCGGAAUGGUCGCGUCGAGCACCAUCUUCGUCUCGUCGGCGGGAACCAGCGCGUUCCUGCCCGUCAUCUCCGAGAUGCGCAACCCGGCGCAAUACAAGAAGCCGCUGUAUCUUUGCAUGACCUUGGUGACGGCGUCAUAUCUCGCCUUUGGUUUAGUCGUCUAUCGCUGGUGUGGCAAGUGGGUCGCGAGUCCGUCUCUGGGGAGCGCCGGACAGACGAUUAAGAUGGUGUCAUAUGGAGUCGCGUUGAUCGGCCUGGUGGUCAGCGGCACUCUCUACCUCCACGUCGGCGCGAAAUAUGUCUUUGUCCGGCUCUUGGGCAAAACCAAGCACCUCCAGUCCAACAGCGUGGUCCACUGGGGCACCUGGCUGGCCUGCACGACCCUCCUAGGAGCGCUGGCGUUCAUCCUCGCCGAGUCCAUUCCGAUUUUUAACUAUCUGAUUGCACUGGUGGGCUCGGUCUGCUUCGCCCCUCUCGCCAUGAGCCUCCCCGGCUGGCUAUGGUUGUACGAUCACGGCCACUACCGGACGGGAACCUUGAUCCAGAAGGUUGUGUACGUGCUGCAUAUCGGUCUUGUGUUGCUGGGCAUCUUCUUCCUGGUAGGGGCCACGUAUGGAGUGGUGAAGCAGAUUAUUGAUGCGUAUGCCACUGGCCUGAUCGGAUCGGCGUUCUCUUGUGCGGAUAACUCCAACUCAACCUGA